AUGUUCUCCUGCGCCAACUACGAGCGAGGCUGCCGAGGCCGUUGCAACCGCCUCAACGAUCGAUGCGACAGCUGCCACACUCUCAACCUACAAGUCCGAAGCAACAGCGCCUCAUCCACAUCUUCAACCAACGCGCUGCCAUCAGCUGCCUACUCAGCAAUGACAAACUCGUUCGCGUCUCUAUCUCAACUCAACAACUCGUCGACA